GGGUAUGGGGGGAGGGCAGAUAUAGUGAAUGCGGGGUCUGGGGGGAGGCGGAUAUAGUGAAUGCGGGGUCUGGGGGGAGGGCGGAUAUAGUGAAUGCGGGGUCUGGGGGGAGGGCGGAUAUAGUGAAUGCGGGGUCUGGGGAGAGGGAGGAUAUAGUGAAUGCGGGGUCCGGGGAGAGCGAAUACAGUGAAUGCGGGGUCCGGGGAGAGCAGAUAUAGUGAAUGCGGGGUCCAGGGAGAGCGGAUAUAGUGAAUGCAGGGUGUGGGGGGAGAGCGAUAUAGAUGUAGUGAAUGCGGGGUCCGGGGGGAGGGCGGAUAUAGUGAAUGCGGGGUCUGGGGGGAGGGCGGAUAUAGUGAAUGCGGGGUCCGGGGGGAGGGCGGAUACAGUGAAUGCAGGGUCCGGGGAGAGCGGAUAUAGUGAAUGCGGGGUCCAGGGAGAGCGGAUACAGUGAAUGCAGGGUCCGGGGGUAGGGCGGAUAUAGUGAAUGCGGGGUCCGGGAGACCGGAUAGAGUGACUGCGGGGUCCAGGGCAAACCGGAUAGAAUGACUGCGGGGUCCGAGG